GCGACGGCCCUGAGGCGGCGCAGCUGGCGCGCGAGCACGAGCUCGCCCUCGAGACCUUCCGCCGCAUGGACGCCCUCGCCCAGACGAGCCCCGAGGCCGGCGUCAUCUUCAUGAGGGGCGUCGAGUACCUCGAGGCCCCGCCGCCCGAGUACCGCGCCCUGGACGCCGCGCGCGCCGCCGAGCUGGGCGUGCAGGACUUCCGGCUGCUGGGCGCCCACGAGUUCCCCGACGAGAGGGUGGCGUGGGGCUGCGAGUACCGCACCUGGUGCGCAAACCCCAUGGUCUACUGCUGCUUCCUGCUGCGGAGGUUCGUGUACCGGGGCGGCAGGAUCGUCAAGAGGGAGGUGCGCGACCCGGCCGAGGUGUUCGCCGUCGCGGACCUGGGCCGCGUCGACGCCGUCGUCAACGCUUCGGGGAACGGCUUUGGCGAUGACAAGAUGUCCAUCACGAGGGGCCAGACAUGUCUCGUCUCAAACCCCUCCGACGCAACGGUCACCCGCCAGAACGCCGACGGCAGCUGGACGUUCUGCGUCCCCCGUAACUUCUACGGAGGCACCGUCAUCGGGGGCACCAAGGAGCCCGACAACUGGGACCCGGAGCCGUCGGCCGAGGUGCGGAACAGGCUCCUCAGCACCUUCGCCGCAACGUAUCCCCAGAUCCUGGGGCCGACCGGUAAGUUCGAGGUGAUCAGGGAUAUAGUAGGGCGUCGUCCGACGCGGCGUGGUGGCCUCAGGCUAGAGACGGAGGAGAUAGGGGAGGAGAAGAAGGUCGUGGUCCAUGCAUAUGGCCUGGGCGGGCGUGGCUACGAGUUGUCUUGGGGAGUUGCGCAGGAGGUGGUGAAGCUGGUGAAUGCUGGCGUAGGAGCAGGCUCUUAGCUCCAGGGGAGGCGUUGUUUCUUGGACAUAAGUUAUCAGACGUUGCCCUCCCGACGUCGAGUCUUAAGACUACGAGACUGAGGGGAUUACGACAAUACCCCUUGUGCGACACAUAGUACAGAAACUCUGAAUUGAUUGACAGGUACAGUGA